AUGGAACGCUUGCAGUGUCAUGUUCAGAACUACGCUUGGGGUAAAAAGGGAUUGAACAGUGAAGUGGCACGAGUAUAUGUGGCUGGUCAUGACGUCCAGAUUGAUGACAACACGUCAUAUGCUGAGCUGUGGAUGGGUACACAUCCAGAUGGGCCUGCAAAGGUGAAAAAUACGAAUGUUGAACUGUCUAAACACAUUGCUGACACUGAGACUAGCGUUUACGAACGGACAAACAAGGAAACACAUCUACCAUUUAUAAUGAAACUGAUGAGCAUCGAUAAAACUUUAUCUAUUCAAGUACAUCCAACAAAGGAACAAGCUGCGAAACUAAAUGAUCGUGAUCCAAUUCAUUACCCAGACCGGAAUCAUAAACCAGAACUUGCCUAUGCAUUAACACGUUUUGAACUGCUUUGUGGUUUCCGACCAUCGACAGAAAUCUUGUCUUUUUUUCCAGCAUUUCCUGAAUUAAAGGAGUUGAUGGGAAUUGAGUCAACCCAUGCAUUCGAGGUACUUGUUAAGGCUGGCGUUGAGGCUGAACGAAGCGCAGCGAAAGCUGCGUUAGCCGAAUGCUUUAGGAAUCUGAUACACGCGAUAAAGUUUUUAUCGAUUUUAGAAAGAGGAUGCUUGACUGAGGAAACUGCGGCAGUUAUUAAAAAGAUGGCUCAAGAUUUUCCUGGUGAUGUUGGAUGCUUCUGUCCACUGAUUUUAAACCAUAUUAUUCUGCAGCCUGGUGAAUGUUGUUAUUAUGCGCCACAAGAACUUCACGCAUAUUUGUCAGGAGAGUGUGUGGAAUGUGUUGGAUGCUCAAAUAACACAAUUCGGGCAGCAUGUACACCAAAAUUUGUGGAUGUCGAUGCCCUAUGUGACACACUGAAUUAUCGUAUGGUUGAACCGUCAUAUUAUAUUGUUCCACCAAAAACAUUAAAAAGGUUUCCCUAUGUUGACGAAUAUGCACCUGACUGUAAAGAUUUUACCCUUCACCAAAUUAAGGUAAAUUUUUAUAUUAUGGUAAUUGUCGAGGGUAAAGGACGUAUUGAAAAUUUGUCAGAAAAAAGCACUAUCAAUAAAGAGUUAUCUGUUACACGAGGCGAUGUAAUUUAUAUUGCUCCGGAUACUCAGGUAUGCUUCACGCAAUGCUCGGCAAAUAUUUCGGCUUACAGAACUUUCAGUUAUGAAAAAGGACCUGAUCAUUCGGCUCGUAAUACAAUACCCACUGAAUUUCUUGUUGUGGAUGGCACAGCAGAAAUUUUUGAUUUAGAAACUGAAAUGGAUGGAAUUUGCUAA